AAGAGCGAGAAAGAAUGAGAAAAGCACACUCCCGCUAAAACACACACUGACAAACAAACACAAGUGUUAAAGAAGAGACCGAGUGGAUUCGUACAGUCCUCUGGAUUUAGUGGUUGGGGGGAAGAAGUUUCUUUCCCCAAAGCCAAACUGUUGUAUUAGAUUUGCAGACUCACAGAGACGAUGCCUUUCUUUUGCCUAGUCUCAAAAAUCGCUCAGUGGAUUUGAUUGCCGCUCAGAUUAUUUUCUGCAAAUUAUUCCAACGGAAGGGAUUGAGAGACUGAGUCAGAGGAUGCUCCCACAGGUCAUAAGGAUUCUAUAUGUCUUGUCUUUUUGCUUUUUUCAAGGAGGCUUUAUCAGACCGGGCUCCUGUAAGGAGGAGAUAAAGUCCUCUAGUAGGACAGUCCCCUCCUCGCAGUCCCCGUCUGACUUCCUGGACAAGCUCAUGGGGAAAAGGUCUGGCUAUGACGCCCGCAUCAGACCCAACUUCAAAGGUCCGCCUGUGAAUGUCACCUGCAAUAUUUUCAUCAACAGCUUUGGGUCCAUCACGGAAACUACUAUGGACUACAGGCUCAAUGUGUUCCUACGGCAAAAGUGGAACGAUCCCCGCUUGGCUUACCAGGAGUACCCAGACGACUCCUUGGACCUGGAUCCUUCCAUGUUGGACUCCAUCUGGAAGCCUGACCUUUUCUUCGCUAACGAGAAGGGGGCUAACUUUCAUGAGGUCACCACUGACAACAAACUGCUGCGGAUCUUCCAAGAUGGGAGUGUACUGUAUAGCAUCAGGCUGACUCUCAUCCUGUCCUGCCCUAUGGACUUAAAGAAUUUCCCCAUGGAUAUUCAGACCUGUACCAUGCAGCUUGAAAGCUUUGGGUAUACCAUGAAUGAUCUGAUCUUCGAGUGGUUGGCUGAGAACCCAGUGCAGGUGGCUGAUGAUCUGACACUCCCACAGUUUGUGCUGAAAGAUGAGCAGGAUCUAGGCUACUGCACCAAGCACUACAACACAGGUAAAUUCACCUGCAUCGAGGUUAAGUUCCACCUGGAGAGACAGAUGGGCUAUUACCUGAUCCAGAUGUACAUCCCCAGCCUGCUCAUUGUCAUCCUGUCCUGGGUCUCCUUCUGGAUCAACAUGGAUGCUGCCCCGGCUAGAGUGGGCCUAGGCAUCACCACCGUGCUCACUAUGACCACCCAGAGCUCUGGGUCCCGGGCCUCUCUACCCAAGGUGUCCUACGUGAAGGCCAUUGACAUCUGGAUGGCCGUGUGCUUGCUGUUCGUGUUCGCCGCACUGCUCGAGUACGCAGCAGUCAACUUUGUCUCACGGCAACACAAGGAGUUCAUCAGACUGAGGAAGAAGCAGCGGCGGCAGAGAAUAGCCAUGGCCUUGGCCAAUCAACCGGGGAGUGUAGAGUCACUGAGGAAAGUGAACGACCUGCCUAGCAACAGCACUACCAGCACCAGCUACCACGGGAACCUGAAUCAGCACUGCAGCGCCUGUGCCAGGGAAGAGGAACUGGCGAGAGACAGCCGUGGGUUUUACUUCCGCGGCUACGGACUGGGUCACUGCCUACAGACCAAGGACGGAACAACUGUGGAGGGUGCAACAGUCUUCACCCCGCCACCCCCAGCGGUGUCCACUGUUUAUGAUGGCGAAGCGGUCCGCCAGCGCUUCGUGGACCGGGCCAAGCGCAUCGACACGAUAUCCAGGGCCGUCUUCCCUCUGAGCUUCCUCUUCUUCAACAUUUUCUACUGGAUCACCUACAAAGUGCUGCGACACGAAGACAUCCAUGCAAACUUGUAAUACACUCUCUGCACAACUUCCUCAUUGUUUCAUGCUACAUUUCAGUUUUUCUUCUUUCAACCAAAACUGCCUGCAAGAUAUACAUUAAAAAAGGAGGAUUAAGUGUUUGAGGCAUAUGCUUCAUAACCAUUGAUCCUAAAAACUCUGCUCAGGUAGGUCUUCAGGAUCUCAGAGCGAGAGCAUGUGAGCAGAGAACGAAGUGAAGAUAUGGAUUCAAACUGGUGUUAGAUUGCAGUUUGUUUUUUGCAUUCUCUUUUAUCUUACUCCUCUUGUUUUGACUGGAUUACAGCAGAUGCUACAGGCGCUAGACUAGAGACAUAACAAUGCUAGUCUUUGAACUUCUGCCUGAACUCUGAAGUCGUUGUCUUUGCCUUUAGCCAUAUUCCAAAGUGAAUAUUGAUUGUAGCUGGAUGGAUAAUGCUGACUUGAAUUUUAACACUCAAUGCAUCUUUGAAUGAAUGUUUUUAAAAAAUAACAAUUAAAAAAAGGCUUUUUUACAACUUUAGAUUGCCAAACAAAUGAGGGAGGGAUUGGGGUCUUUGAUAUUCUGGAUAUUUAAAUGGGGUGGGGAUAUGUUGUUUUAACUACAUAUGACGAGAUUAUAUAUGUAUCACACACAAAUGUAUAAACUGUAGAUAAACAGAGUUGUUCAUCGAUUGUACACCUCACAAAUGUGUAUUUCCUUUUGUCUAACAUUUGAAUAAAUGGGAUAUUCUGCCAGGA